AUUUAUGACUCAAUUAGUGGUCAAUAAUAUUGUGAUAAAUGUUUUGUUGUGUUUUGUAAACAAGUGUCACAACAACUACUGUCCACUUCUGUGUCCAUUAUCUUCGGUAACGAUGUCUUUGUCGACGAAUCGGAUCCGUCGGCCGAACGCCGGUUCAAAGAUGUGUCAACUGUUGGACACCGAAGAGGUAGUCGUCGACCACUUCUAUGAUGACAUUUACGGCGGAUUUCAAGAGGACGACAACGACAUCGACUACACCACCGAUAAUGAGACCACUGAUGGCGAAGAUAUCGUCGAUUCAGACUUUUCUAUUGAUGAAAACGACGAACCGAUAAGUGAUGACCAAAACGAUGAGGAUUUGAAACGAAAGACUAAACGCAAACAAACCUAUGCUUUGGUCACUAAUAAGAGACCGAAACGAAUGAAACCAAAGAUCACCACUGAAUCCAACGCCAAAGAAGCCAACGAACUGAGAGUUCCAGUCGUUAUAGAUAUUCCAGACUUUGGAUCAAUUGUUUCGACACAAAGCUUAAGAACUGCUAAAAGCGAUGAUUUGAUCGAAAAGAUGUUUGAGAAGCGAUUCAAACAAAAUAAUGGCCCGAAAACCAGAUUUAGACAGAAAUGCAAACCAAAAGUAAUGAAAUCCAAACCUAAACCUAAACCCAAAUCCAAAGGCAAGAGUUGUGCCAAAGAAUGGACGCAAUCAGAGCUUCUGAAAGAGGCUAUGAUUACAGAGAAACUGAAUUUACAGUCUCUUCGGGAAUACGAAAGACUCGAAUUGGAAAGAAAUAAAAGACCGAAAACAAAGAAACACACGAUUAAUGGUCCGUUCAUUCGGUUUAAUUCGGUUUCAAUGCCUUUAAUCGAGGAAUUAGAUGAUCAGAGAAGUGACGGCAGUAUUAGCCAUAAUAACCAUAAAUCCGGUGCCAAAACCUAUUCGCGAACAUUCAUUACAUUCAGCGACGACCAGACAUUCGGCUCAUUAGCGAAAUCAUUGGCCAAUUCAUCGCUUAAGACUUUGAAACGCCCGGUCUGUCCGGUCACUCAACUGCCGGCCCGUUAUUUUGAUCCAAUCAGUCGACUCCCGUUUGCAAACACAGAAGCGUUUAAUGUAAUACGCGAUCAAUACUACAAACAAUUGGAAGUUUACGGAAACGUGAAUCAAACAGAAGUCAAACAAUGGAUUAAUUGGCGACAAGAAAGUGGCGACAAAUGGAGACAAUGGGAGAAACAGUACAACAGUUAUGAAACGGAUCUGGAGAUGAGCCCACUAUUGGAAUCUCAGACAAACCAAAGGCAAUUCCUGUCACCAAAUGUUGAAUCAAUUCCUAACGCCAUUCACACCAGUCGUAAGCGUAAGAAGUGAUGAUUAUUUGGCAAUAAUUCUCAUUUACUGUAAUACCCGAUGCCUUAAACCAAUUGAUCAUUUUAUUUAGUGAUAUGUGAUAUUGAGCUCAAAUUUCUCAUACUUUAAUUCAAUUUAUACCGCAAUAUAUAAAUGCAUUUUCUAUUCAAUUAAUA